UCCAAAUGUCACACCAUUUAUCUGCUUGCGCUUGUUUCUUCUCAUAAUCAAUUAUUGUUGUAGAAAACCUUAUAGAUUAUUCCUAUGAAUCUGUCCUCGAUAUGUGCAAUUGAAUCCUAGAUUUCUGUGAAUAGUCAACUACUAUAUGUGUGUACUACGCAUUUGCAAACUUGAUUUCAUUGGACACUGAAACUGUGGCUACAAGUGAAGUGAGUGAUUUUGAUGGACCUCAAAUCCUUCUCUUCCAUUUCCCUGUCCUCUUCUGAGGUUGCUCUUCUUGCAAGAUCGUCUUCCUAUUCUUACAAUGCUUUUAGGCACAAAUUUGGUGUUAGACUUUCCAAGUCUCCAAGAGUUGUUAGGGCUUAUGGUGGUCCUGAGAACCAUUACUUGGCAAAUAAAGCUAUCAUAAGCUUAGCUGGUGGUGCAAAUAAUGUUGCAGCAGAAACAAGUUUUCACAGUUCUAAUGGAUUAAACGGUUCAACUUGGAGCCUUUUCAGAAGAAAUCUGAAAGUACUUGAAGCCUAUGAUGAUGAGUAUGGUGGAGUUGUCAUUGAUCCAGAUAGGUUGCCAACCAAUCCGUCUGUUUUCGCUCUUGCCCUGAAUUUGUCUCUUUCACAUUGGAAAAAGAUGGGAAAGAAGGGGAUUUGGCUUAAGUUGCCUAUUGAGAAAUCUGACCUUGUUCCAGUUUCUAUCAAGGAAGGCUUUCAAUACCACCACGCAGAGCCGGGAUAUGUGAUGUUAACUUACUGGAUUCCUGAAGGACCUUGCAUGCUUCCGGCCAACGCGUCGCAUCUAGUAGGAGUUGGGGGAUUUGUCAUCAAUGAAAACAACGAGGUGCUUGUAGUGCAAGAAAAACAUUGCUCUCCUGAAAUCCUUGGUCUUUGGAAGAUUCCAACCGGAUUCAUUCUCGAGGCAGAGGAGAUAUACACAGGAGCCAUAAGAGAAGUGAAGGAAGAAACCGGCAUUGAUACAGAGUUUAUAGAAGUCAUAGCAUUCAGGCAUGCGCAUAAUGUGGCUUUCGAUAAAUCAGAUCUGUUCUUCAUCUGCAUGCUAAGAGCCCUAUCGUCCAAGAUUGUUGUCGAUGAUCAUGAAAUUGAAGCUGCAAAGUGGAUGCCCCUGGUAGAUUUUGUGAAGCAACCACUAAUCCAAGAAGAUUCCAUGUUCAAACAGAUCAUAGACAUCUUCGUCGCCCGUCUCAGCAAGCGUUACUGCGGCCUUUCGACUCACCAAGUAGUUUCAAAGUUUGAUGGCAGGGUCUCUUCCCUGUACUAUAAUGUUAUAGACAAUGAUGAAGAUAUCAACUGUGUAGGAAAUUAAGCCAAGGAUCUCAAAAAACUUCAAAGGAAGAAAGCAAGAACCGUUCAACAAGUUCUCAAAUAACUGCAACAGGCUGAAAGUUGAGCUAACUAUUGCACCUUUCAUCAGAUAUAGAAUCUGAUAUAUGCCCGAUGUAAUAAUAUAAGUGCAAUGUUAUUUCGAAUGUAUAUAGAUAUCUUAAAUAACAAUGUAUCCUACUAUAUUGUAAAUAGAAGAGCCACGAUAUUUAUGGGCCUUCAAUAUAAUCAUCCGUGGAAUUAAAACAUCAUUGUAUAUUUGAAGGUUAACAUAUUAAACUGAAGUUGCAGAACUUUUUUCUUCA